AUGGUUUACUUCUCAGUGGCCAGUGCCUCCCCGCUGGAAUCCGUUACUAUCUAUUACCAACGAUAUCACCAUGAGCGAUAUAUUCCUCGCCCACGCCAAUGCAAGCGAUGCCGCAAUUUUGGCCACUCGCCCACGACAUGCCGCGGCCACCACAAAUGUAUUACAUGCGGGGCUGAUCAUGACCGGAUCACAUGUACCGCUGCUGCAGCCAGCUGUGUGCAUUGCGGAGGAGAACAUUCUGCGGAUUCUCCCCGCUGCCCAGCCCAUCAGCAAAAGGCAUGCCUGUUAAAAUUCAGCGCCAUCCAGCACUGCUCUUAUCUAGAAGCCAAGCACCCACAGAGCAACUCCCCAAAAUCAUAUGCAAGAGUGGCCUCAACUUCCCCCCCAAAACUGCCCGAGAGGACCCCUUGUAGUAAAAAACAGCCAGCUCUCUCUACUAUUGGACAGACAGAUGACAUUUUGACCCUAACCAAUCGUAUUUCCCAAUUGGAAUCCAUAGUGGAGAAGCUGUGCGCGAAGUUAAGUCUUCUUCGCUCUAUCAUUCAGCCUACCCUGCUUAACCAAACUCAGGGUUCCCUCCGUGAGCCGAGUCUGGACAAGGAACUGACCGUAUCCAUAUCAAGUAAGUGCUCUUUCCACCCGAUGGGCUCUUUGACUCCAGCACAACUCCCAAAGAAGAAGAAAGGACCUAAACCUCGUUCCACCGAUCCAUUGGCAGCAUCCGAUUCAGAAGAUCCAAAUUCGGACAUGGACCACACGUACUCCACUGGAUCCACAAGACCCAAUGGCGGGAUUUGGCGCUCCUCUCCUGGAAGGGGCUCCCCAACCACUAUCCGUCACAUCGAAAAACCCAUCCACGAAGCCCUUCGCACAGCAUUGGGCGUGCCCAAGUCUACUCCACUCUUAUCUUUAUAUACCAAGUCUGGGUAUAUUCCAUUCCAGUCUAGGCUGCAUCAGAAGGCUAUAUCGCACGCCAUCACCCACCUCUCAAGAGGCCACUAUAGCCCUCUCUACAAAAUUUUCAGCACAGCCUCCAGUCUAGACUACUACCACUGGCGCCCCUUCCAGGUCCCAUAUGCCUCUAGGGUUCUCUCCCUGAUUCGUCAGGAAGGUGUACCCAUCUCUCACCUCUACCGGCAAAAGUACGUACCCCCGAGCCCCACAAACAUUCAACCUAGAAUUUGUCUUGACAACUUUCCAAAUGCUUCCAGCCAACCUCCGGCAGCCUUGAAUGCUCUUUUUAAUGAUCUACUCUCUACCAACUGGCGGGGUUGGACUCUCAUUGGGGCAGAUGCCUCAAAAUCACACCUACGGAUGGCCUUUGGAGUGGUUCUUCCGGCUCAAACGAUCAAGGAAACUUGGGCACUACACACGAGCUGCAGUGUCUUCAGUGCGGAGGCUCUCGACAUCCAAUGGGCAGUUAAUCUCAGCGCCCGUCUUAACACUCCGAUAGCCAUUGUCUCGGAUGGCAAAUCAGUUCUCCAGGCAGUCACCAACGUAAAUUUUUCCUCUCCAGUGGUUAUUAUUGACCUAGCUGCAACUAUCAGUUCUCACCCAACACCCCUUGAAAUCGGGUAAACCGUGGUCACGUUGGCAUCCACAUAAAUGAAGAGGCAGAUCAAGCCGCUAGCCAUGACACUCCCAUCGGCUCCUGGUGGAGACCUCUCAUGGCACGUGACCUCAUAUGCCAGAUGCAGAAAUCGAUCAUCCACAACUACACCGAUACCUGGUCUACCAUUCUUCAGGGAAAAGGUUGCGACCAUCUCCAACCUUUCGUACCUUGGAUAUACCAUCGCGCCUCGUCUCGCCACACAGAAACCCUAUUGGCUAGACUUCAAACCGAUACGGCCCCUUGAA